UAAUCGAUUUAUUGUGCGCGGCGGAGCGCGUCUUAGAGAGUGAAUGUUUAGCGCACUCGUUUCUUCUUUCUUUUCACCUUAAUCGAGGAAAAACGGAAAAAGAAGCAGACAUGUCUAAGGCCGAUGAAAAUGCGGAUACUGGUGAUACCGGAGAUAAUUCAAAUGGCUCCUCGGCGGAGACCACAUCGUCUAGAGGUGGUGAUUUCGAGACAAAACUUGAAUCAGACCGAAGUAAGAGGUUUGAUUAUUUGCUCAAGCAAACUGAAAUAUUUUCUCAUUUUAUGACCAAUAAUCAAAAAGAUAAAGCUGGAAGUCCGUUAAAAGUCAAGGCUGGUAGACCUAGAAAACAACCAGAGAAUCUAAAUAAAUCUGAUUCUGGUGAUCAUAGACAUCGCAAGACUGAGCAAGAAGAAGAUGAAGAACUCUUGGCGGAGAGCAAUGCCAGUGUAGCACCUACAACUCGCUUUGAAUCCUCACCUCAUUAUAUAAAAUCUGGUGAGUUGAGAGAUUAUCAGAUUCGUGGUUUAAAUUGGAUGAUAUCGCUUUAUGAAAAUGGUAUCAAUGGUAUUCUGGCUGACGAGAUGGGUCUUGGUAAGACUUUACAAACUAUAUCGUUACUGGGAUAUAUGAAACACUUCAGAAACAUUCCUGGCCCUCACAUUGUUAUCGUUCCAAAGUCUACGCUAGCCAAUUGGAUGAACGAAUUUAAAAAGUGGUGUCCUUCUUUAAGAGCGGUUUGUUUGAUUGGUGAUGCAGAAACAAGAAAUACUUUUAUUAGAGAUGUAAUGAUGCCUGGUGAAUGGGAUGUUUGCGUUACAUCUUAUGAAAUGGUAAUCAAAGAAAAAUCGGUAUUUAAGAAAUUUAAUUGGCGUUAUAUGGUAAUAGAUGAGGCUCACAGAAUAAAAAAUGAGAAAUCUAAAUUAUCAGAAAUAUUAAGGGAAUUUAAAACAGCGAAUAGACUUUUAUUAACUGGUACACCUCUACAGAAUAAUCUGCACGAACUAUGGUCUUUACUUAACUUUUUAUUACCAGAUGUAUUUAACAGUUCUGAUGAUUUUGAUUCAUGGUUUAAUACAAAUAGUUUCUUAGGAGAUAAUUCUUUAGUGGAAAGAUUGCACGCAGUUUUAAGGCCAUUUCUUUUAAGACGCUUAAAGUCAGAAGUAGAGAAAGGUCUAAAGCCCAAAAAGGAGAUUAAAGUCUACAUUGGUCUUAGUAAAAUGCAAAGAGAAUGGUAUACCAAAGUAUUGAUGAAGGAUAUUGACAUAGUAAAUGGUGCCGGAAAAAUUGAAAAGAUGAGAUUACAAAAUAUUUUGAUGCAAUUACGUAAGUGUUGCAAUCAUCCUUAUCUAUUCGAUGGUGCUGAACCUGGACCACCGUAUACUACAGAUGAACAUCUUGUUUAUAAUUGUGGUAAAAUGGUGAUACUUGAUAAACUAUUGCCUAAAUUACAAGAGCAGGAAUCAAGGGUACUAAUAUUUAGUCAAAUGACCAGAAUGCUGGAUAUUUUAGAAGAUUAUUGUCACUGGAGAGGUUUUCAGUACUGUCGUUUGGAUGGUAACACAGCACAUGAGGAUCGGCAGAGACAAAUUAACGAAUAUAAUGCUCCUAAUAGCGAAAAGUUUAUAUUUAUGUUGUCGACGAGAGCCGGCGGAUUGGGUAUAAAUUUAGCAACUGCCGAUGUAGUUAUUAUUUAUGAUUCUGACUGGAAUCCGCAAAUGGAUUUGCAGGCUAUGGAUCGAGCUCAUCGUAUAGGACAACAGAAGCAAGUACGUGUUUUUAGAUUUAUUACGGAGAACACUGUAGAAGAAAAAAUUGUUGAACGUGCUGAGGUCAAAUUACGGUUGGACAAGUUGGUCAUACAACAAGGUCGAUUGGUUGAUGCAAAACAGACUGCAUUGAACAAGGACGAAAUGUUAAAUAUGAUUAGACACGGGGCUAAUGAAGUGUUCGCUUCUAAGGACAGCGCUAUUACCGAUGAGGAUAUAGAUACGAUAUUACAAAAGGGCGAAGCAAAGACGGAAGAAAUGAAGCAGAAAUUGGAAAGCUUGGGAGAAUCUUCCUUACGUAAUUUCACCGUCGAUGCACCAACCGAUUCAGUUUAUCAAUUCGAAGGCGAAGAUUAUCGUGAGAAACAAAAAAUAUUAGGAAUUGGCAACUGGAUAGAGCCUCCUAAGCGUGAACGUAAAGCCAAUUAUGCUGUCGACGCUUAUUUCAGAGAAGCUUUGAGAGUAUCCGAACCAAAAGCACCAAAAGCUCCCAGACCUCCGAAACAACCAAUCGUACAAGAUUUUCAAUUUUUUCCUCCUCGAUUGUUCGAGCUACUUGAUCAGGAAAUAUAUUAUUUCAGGCAAACGGUUGGUUAUAAGGUUCCAAAGAAUCCCGAAUUAGGGUCUGAUGCAGCUAGGAUACAAAAGGAAGAACAGCGAAAGAUAGAUGAGGCUCAACCUUUAUCAGAUGAAGAAGUCGCGGAAAAAGAAAAAUUACUGACUCAAGGCUUCACGAAUUGGACUAAGAGGGACUUUAAUCAGUUUAUAAAGGCAAAUGAAAAAUAUGGUCGCGAUGACAUUGAAAAUAUUGCUAAAGAAGUCGAAGGAAAAACACCAGAAGAAGUUAUGGAAUACUCUGCAGUUUUUUGGGAACGUUGUCACGAGUUACAAGACAUUGACAGAGUGAUGGCACAAAUAGAAAGAGGUGAGGCCAAAAUACAAAGGCGUGCUGGUAUAAAGAAAGCAUUGGAUGCGAAGAUGGCCAGAUAUCGUGCACCGUUUCAUCAAUUGAGGAUAGCUUAUGGUACUAACAAAGGUAAAAAUUAUACGGAAGAGGAGGAUAGAUUUCUCGUUUGUAUGUUACACAAAUUAGGUUUCGACAAGGAAAACGUUUACGAGGAAUUAAGAGCAACUGUGAGAUCGGCACCUCAAUUUCGUUUUGAUUGGUUCGUAAAAUCUCGUACUGCCUUGGAAUUGCAACGACGAUGCAAUACCUUGAUAACAUUGAUCGAACGUGAAAAUCAGGAAUUGGAAGAGAGAGAAAGACAAGAAAGAAGAAAGAAGGGUGGUAAUGUAGGUACUAAGCCUGCUUCUAAACGAAAACAAGAAAAUUUGCCUGCACCACAAGAUAAACCUCGAAAGAAGAAGAAAUAAGGCGAAUUCGAGUCUUGUACGAUAUCGUUUUUUUCAAUCUUUGUCCAUACAAAAUGCAGACUGUCUAUUUCCAUAAUUUUUUAUAUCUUUUUAUCCGUUACUCCGAACAGAUUUUCGCUGAAUACCAUGACUCAAAUUCAUAGACAGUAAAUUCUUAUAAAAAUUUUCUGAAAUCGUUCUCUUGAUUCAUCCUAUUUAUAUGAAUAAGAAAGAAUUUAGUCUUAUAAGAGUUCCAUGUAAAAAUCUGUCUUAGAGAUUUUUCAUAUUCAAACUGUUAUCAGGAAUGAGUUGUAUUGAUAUAAAUUUGUUGGUCAGUGGGUGUGAGUGAGGGUCGCUUCUAUGUGUCUAUGGAUUUGGGACCAAGAAUUAUCUUUCUUAUUCUUUUUUAUUUUUUCUUCGUUUUUUUUCUGUUGUUCUCUAGGUCAAAUCCUGGAGCAUUUAUAUGCUAUUCACAAAGUGAUUCAAUUGCAUAAAAAAUGAUUUUAGAAUUACACAGAAUGUUUCUUUCGUUAAUUGCUGUGUAUUGUACGAUCGAUACAGUGUUUUCCCUCAUGAUUUUAUUUUCGUAUAUUUAAAAUUAUAAUAUGAUAUUGAAAGCAUCAUUUUAUUUAUUAUGAUUGAUUUAGAGGAGAUUGUAAUAAAUUUUACAAAUAAAAUUCAAGCCAUCGAAUAUAAUCAC